CAAAACUCGUUUCAACACGUUGAAAAAGCUUCGGUCUUUUCAAAGGCCUCCUAUAUAUAUGUAUGAACACCACCGCUCUGUUCGCAAUCACUCGACGCGGACCCGCUAAAACCUCCCAGCACGACUCUGUUUCUACCCUUUUUGGAAGCCCGCGAUGGAGUGGACCAGAGGCCGCACCGUCGGCCGCGGCUCCACCGCCGUCGUUUCUCUCGCCACCUCGGCCGAGUCCGGCGAGGUCUUCGCCGUGAAGUCCGCCGAGCUGGGGGCGUCGGCGUCCCUCCAGAGGGAGCAGCAAAUCCUCUCCUCUCUGGCCUCCCCUCGCGUAGUCGAGUACAGAGGCUUCGGCGUCACCAGGGAGGGCGGCGACGGCAGGCUGACGUACAACCUCUUCAUGGAGUUCGUGCCCGGAGGCACCCUCGCCGACCUGACUCGGAAACUCGGGGGCAGACUCAGCCAGCCGGCGAUCGCGCUUUACGCCCGCCAGAUUCUGGAGGGGCUCGAGCACCUGCACUCGCGAGGCAUCGCGCAUUGCGACGUGAAGGGCAGCAACAUCCUGAUGGGCGAAGACGGCCCGAAGCUCGCCGACUUCGGCUGCGCGAGGCGGGUGGACGACCCGGCGGCGGCGGCGGAGGCGGAGGCGCCGCCGUUCGGCGGCACCCCGAUGUACAUGUCGCCGGAGGUCGCGAGAGGGGAGGAGCAGGGGCGCGCCUGCGACGUGUGGGCACUGGGGUGCACGGUCGUCGAGAUGGCCACCGGAGGAGCGCCGUGGAGGGGCGGAGACCCGGCUUCGGUCCUCUACAAGAUAGCGUACUCCGGCGAGUCGCCGGAGAUUCCGGGGUGGCUGUCGGAGGGAGCGAGGGAUUUCCUGGGGAAGUGCCUGAGGAGGGACCCGCGAGGGCGGUGGACGCCCCGUCAGCUUCUGGGGCACUCGUUCCUUCUCGGCGAAUGCGAAUCCGAAUCCGAAUUGGACUUCCGCGGCGCGAAGCGAAUUCGGGAAUGGGAAUCGAGCGCUUCGACUUCUCCGACGAGCGUCCUCGACCGAGGGGCCUGGAGUUCGGCAGCAGAGCCGGAGACCAGCGCAGCCGGCCACGACGGCGCAUGCGUGGGGGACGAGACAGCGGCCGAUAGAAUCAGACGGCUGUCGGCGAGCUCGGUGGGGCCCAGGUCGAUGUGGGACGGCGACGGCGACGAGGGGGAUUGGAUCGACGUCAGGGGGUGCGUCGACGAUGACGUGGGGAACGAGGAACCGGCGGAUUCAUCAAUUGGUUGGUCGGAAGUGGACGCGGUUGGUGGGAAGGUCGGCGGUGAGGCGUUAAAUGGAGCAAUGAGUAGAGACGCUUUGCGGGCAUGGGAUUGCGGGGAAAUUGGUUUUGCGAUUAGGAACAGUGACCAUAUGCUUUUGCGGCCCUUAAUGACAUAGUCACUUUUUUUAAUUUCAAUCUCCAUGUACUUUUCCGGCCUAUCGCUGUCGGUUUCUUUCUUCUUCUUCUUCGUAGAAAUCAUACCGCGCGACGCGUCUCGGGCAUAGUUGAGCUCA